AUGCAUGUGCCCGCUCUAUCAACCAUUGACCGACUGCGGCAACUGGGCUGCUCGAUUGACCAGAUUUGCAAAAUAGAGGGCAUCCCAGGUGUUUCUAUUGGAGUCCUUGACUAUGGAGAAACUUUGUGGACCGAAAACUUUGGAUUCCGCGACAAAUCCAAAACAGCGCUUCCAGACUCAAACACCCAAUAUGGAAUCGGACAUAUCACCAUGCCAAUGGUGGCUGCUGGUAUUGGCAAACUUGUGGACGACGGAAAACUUCAGUGGACCACUUUAUUGAGAGAAAUCAUACCCGAGAUUGAGCAUACUGAUGUCAACUGGACCUACACAUCCACAAUAGCCGAUAUUCUCGCGCAUCGCUGUGGCUUGGACGGAGAAAUUGCAACUUUACUAGCUGAUGGCGGAAAUGGCAUCAUACAGCCUUCUCUCGAAGCGUUUUUGAAAACUGUCGACUUCAUCCCUCGCCCGCUUCCACACCGUGAGAAUUGGCUGAUGUGUCCUUGGGGAUACACAAUCGCUGCGUACAUAAUCGAGCAUAUAUCUGGGCAGCCACUUCACGAGUAUCUUCAGAAUCAGGUAUUCCGGCCACUUAGGAUGACUUCUACCACUUUCCGGCCAUCAUUUGAAGAGAGCCACAAUGUCGCUGAACCACAUGCUUCACUUAGCAACGGGGAGGCUUGUCCAUUGGAAUUUCAGCCCAAUUUUGCGAAUACAUUAUUCGAAGGUUCACGCGGAGCCUAUUCGACCGUGAGCGAUCUUCUCAUAUGGGCCAAGCAAACAUUGGCUGCGAGCCAGAAUACCGAGCUAUCCGCCAACACAGUAUUGAAACAAACCCCGGACAUCCUCAGCAACCACAUCGCAAUGAAGAAUCCAUCAUUGUUGGAAAGAUCGUACGGAUUUGGCUGGGCUCGAGCCCAGCUUCCCGGCAUUGUGGGCCUUCUCGGUGGAAACACCGGACUUUGGGAAAUGUCUGAGCAGCCUAUAUUCGGGGCUGGAAACCAGUCUAGGCUCAUGAUAUAUCACCAAGGCGGAGGGCCGGGAUACUCUUCAUUCCUUGCUAUUUUUCCUGAGACGCAGUCGGCCGUUGUAGUUCUCAUGAACACCACUGCGGUGAGCGAUGCUGCUGACUGGAUCGCGCGACUCCUCAUUGAGGGCCUCUUUGACUUUGCCAAACCCACCGAUUAUGUGAAGCUUGCAGAAGAAGGUAAAAGACGAACACUCGCACGGUUUGCUGCACUACAUGAUAGAUUGACCCGAGAGCGAAUCCAAGGAGCACCACCACUCCCCCUUGAAUGCUACGUCGGCAAGUACAACAAUGGGGACUAUAAGUACAUGCUGGAAGUCACUUUGAGUCCAGAGUCAGAGAGCGAUCUCAUGAUCUCCUUCCAAGGUCUAGACUCACAGCGCUACCCUCUUCGUCACUACCACGACCACGUCUUUGAGUGGAGCAUGAGCUUUGACGAAGUGAAGAAGAGUGGGAGAUAUGAUAUCGCAGAUCCUUCAUACUAUAGGAUUCGCUUCGAAACAUAUCCCGACAACCGAGCGUCUCGGAUAAUUUGGAAUAUUCACGAAGCAUCAGUUCCAGAUGGACUGACAUUUGAGUGGAAAGAUGAACGUCUUGCGGAAGCAUGGCGCGCAGUACAAGCAGGUAUGAACAACUUCGUUUCGAACAUGAUAUAUCCGGGAUUUGCUACUGACUUAAGGACAAACGGCUAUUUAGACAUCGUGGCUGCCAAGAAAUUGCAGUGA